AUGGCGGAACUCACUCUUCACAACUCAAUCCGGGAGAAGAUGCUCCGCGAUGAGGUAGCCUACACGCUGUCCGUGAAGCUUGUUCGCAGCGUUGAGCUUCCGAUGAUGGCGAAGACCGCGGGAUUUGAUGGUAUUCUCAUCGACAUGGAGCACUCAACCUUUGACUUGGACACGACCAGUCAGAUAUGUAUUGCAGCUCUUUACGCCGGCAUUUCACCCAUAGUCCGCGUCCCAUCCAAAGACCCCUUCUUCGUCUCUCGGGUACUUGACGGAGGUGCCAUGGGCGUUAUAGUCCCACACAUCCGCUCUGUGCAAGACGCCAAAGAUGUGGUAGCCGCCGCCAAAUUUCAGCCUCUUGGGCAUCGCUCCUCGACGAACAAUAUGCCACAAUUCCAGUACCGACACCUCGCCGCCAAGGCAAUGAGUCCUGUGUGCAAUCGCGAAACCCUCGUCAUCCCCAUGGUAGAGACGCUCGAAGCAGUCGAAUGUGUUGAAGAGCUAGCCGCCAUUGACGGCGUUGACAGUCUACUGAUCGGCACCAAUGACAUGUGCGCCGAGCUGGGUAUUCCAGGACAAUACGAGAGCCCGCAGCUACUCGAAGUGUAUGAGAAGACGAUUGACGCCUGCAAGAAGCACGGCAAAUGGGUUGGCGUAGGAGGCCUGCACUCAAGAUUAGACCUUGUGGAGAAGUUCUGCAAGAUGGGCGCGCGAUGGGUUAUGGCGGCGACAGAUGGACCGCUGCUACUCGGUGGAGCUACGAAGCGAGCAGGCGAGAUGGCACAACUGAACGCAAGGGUCAAGAGUUCUGCUGAGGCCACCCAGCCUGAGACGAACGGAGCCACUAUCGCGUCGACCAACGGAAUUAUCGAUGCAUUAAAAGAAAAGGCUAGUGUGACAGUAGAAGAAUUGAAGAUGAAUGAUCACGUCAACGGGCAUGGGAAUGUAUUAGCAAGCUCUUAG